AUGUCAAACCCCAAGCAGGCUCACCAAAAACAGAAUUCAAUAGCACCGUCCAGCCACAAACACCACUCCCUCAAUCGCAAAUGGUACAUCACAACAAUAGCAGCCCUCCUCACCAGCUGCUACGUGCUAAUCUUCAUAUCCGGUACACCACGAGGCGGCCCAGCCGUCAAGCAGCGCGUCCUCUCCAACCCAGGCGGCUGGUCCCACAUCCUCGGCGGCCUAAUCUCAAUGACCAUCGGGCCUUUCCAGUUCCUCAUCACCUUCAACAAGCAGUCCCCAGCCAUCCACCGCUGGCUGGGGCGCGCCUACAUGACAGCCGUGGCAGCCGGCGGGGUGGGGAGUCUCUCUCUGUGCGUAACAACCGUUGCGUAUCCCGCCGGGGCGUGGGGGUUUGCGGCCCUGGGUACGGUGUGGCUGGCUACUGCGGCAUUUGGUUGGCAGGCUGCGAGGCGGAAGGAUUAUGCUAGGCAUCGCGAGUGGAUGUUGAGGAAUUUUGCCCUCACGUAUGCGGCAGUUAUGUUGCGAUGGCAGCUGCCGCUGUUGCUGUGGUGGGGGUAUUCAGUGGAGGAGGCGCUUACUAUUACGGGUUUUUCGUGUUGGGCUCCGAAUGUGGUGUUUAUGGAGUGGUGGAUUGGGCGGGGGGAGAAGGGACUUCUGGACGACAUCCAUCUGGAGUAG